GUGGACGCCCAAAAUCUGCUAUUUGGGAUGAUUUUGAUUUAGGUGAAUCAGAUGGCAAAGGCCAUUAUGGAGCAAAAUAUCGAUACUGUACUCAGGGACGUUGGAGAUGUGGAAAGCUUUCAAAUAUGGAAGCUCAUCUAGCACUAUACUGUAAAGGCGAAGUUCCUGAAGAAAUAAGACAUAAUUGGUUAGUUCAAGUAGCAAGGCGAAAUGAUAAAACAGAUAUUGAAACUAGUGAUAAUGAAAGCAUAUCCUCCAUCUCAUCAAAAAAAUUUAACACUAAAAUUUCCAGAUCUACAUUAAAUAAGAAAUACAACGAAAUUAAUAAAACAUUAAUUAAAACCUUUGUUUGCUGUGGAAUUACAUUUGCUAUAAUUGAUAAUCUAUUUUUUCGAAAUCUUCUUAUGUUACUUGAACCAGGAUAUAACCCUCCUAGAAGAAUUAUCUUAGUGGAACAUGUACUUGAUGAAGAAGCUGCACGUGUAAAAGUAAAAAUUGAUAAUAUACUUGAAAAAGAAGAAAAUCUAACAUUAGGUGAUUUACGGAAUAGUGCAUUAGAUAAAACAAUAUACACGAUCUUAAGAAAUAAUGAUGUAGUAUUAGAACAAGUUAAAAAUCCUUUGCAACCAUCUAAUAGUAAAAAACUUGAAAUUGCAUCAAUUGUUGAUUUGUCUGAAAUUAUUUUUGGUGGACAAGGUAAUGUUAAGGAAACAUUCACAACAAUGCGAAGAAUUAGUAAUAUGGAUUUUGAUCCUGCUUCUGUUGUGGAGAGUGAAUUACG